AUGUCUCCGAGUAAGACCAAGUCCGACAAGAUGACCCCAUCGGACGAUGGGGUCCUGGACAUGAGUGACCGGGAGCAGCAGAUCUAUGAGGGAGGCAUUCAGAAGUUCAACCGUCUCGGAUGGAAACGCUUGACCGUGGUGCUCAUCGUCGAAGCCGUUGCUCUGGGAACACUGUCCAUCCCAGCGACCUUUGCCAAACUGGGAAUGGUGGCAGGUGUCAUUUGCUGUGUUGGCAUCGGUUUGAUCGCCGUCUAUACUAGUUAUGUGAUCGGUCAAGUCAAGGUCAAAUUCCCUCACAUCUCGGACUAUCCCGAGGCGGGACGCCAAAUGUUUGGCCGCUGGGGUUAUGAGAUUCUCUACAUGAUGUUGGCUUUGGAGCUUCUGCUCUCGGCUGGUUCCCACUGUUUGACCGGAACGAUUGCCUUUAAGAACAUCACCGAGAGUAACAUCUGCUCCGUGGUAUUCGGUGUAGUCUCGGCGAUUAUUCUUUUCAUCUUCGCUGUGCCCCCUAGCUUCUCUGAAAUGGCCAUCCUCGGAUAUAUCGACUUUGUUUCUAUCAUCAUCGCCGUCGGGAUCACGAUCAUCGGCACUGGAGUCGAGGCCAGCAAUUCUACCGGCUUGGCUGCUGUUAACUGGUCCGCCUGGCCUAAGGAGGGCCUGACAUUUACCGAGGCCUUCAUCGCCCUCUCCAACAUCAUUUUCGCCUACAGUUUUGCACUCUGCCAGUUCUCGUUCAUGGACGAAAUGCACACUCCUACCGACUUCCCCAAGUCUAUCGUGUCCCUUGGCUUCGCUGAGAUCUUCAUCUACACGGUCACUGGCGCCCUCGUCUACGCCUUUGUUGGCCAGGACGUCCAGAGCCCUGCUCUGUUGUCCGCCGGUCACUUGCUCAGCCGCGUUGCCUUUGGUAUUGCGCUGCCCGUCAUUUUCAUCAGUGGUUCGAUCAACACUGUGGUACUGGGUCGCCUGAUCCAUGGACGAGUCUUCAAGAACUCCAACAUUCGGUUCGUCAACACCAAGAUGGGCUGGACCACCUGGUUGGCUCUGAUCGUUGUUCUGUCAAUCUUGCAAUUCGUGGUGGCCGAGGUGAUUCCCUUCUUCGAUGACUUGCUCUCUGUGAUCUCCUCGCUCUUCGUCUCCGGCUUCACCUUCUACUUCCCGGCCAUCAUGUGGUUCAUGUUCAUCCGGGAAGGCAGUAUGUUCAGCAAGAAGAACCUGUUCUUCUCUAUUCUCAAUGCCGCGAUUUUUGUCAUUGGUAUGGUUGUUCUGGGCGCGGGAACGUACGCCAGUAUCAAGGACAUUAUUGACUCGUAUGACAACGGUAGCGUCAAGGGCGUCUUCUCUUGCACUGCUGCCUAG